CCCACCCAUCCAGCCCUAUGGCUUGUGGGAAGCUCGUCGGCGCCCUCAGCUUGAAGUAGAUUCCCGCCUAGCCUCUAUCAACAAUCUGCUGGUCUGUCGCUGCUGGGGGUGUUUGCAUUCUUUUACGUUCUCCCGUAUUCCUUCUUUGUCUGUUUGUAAUCUUCGGCCUUCUACAUCAUUUUUUGAGUCUGUUCAUUCACCAUCCUCCUGACCGCUCUAAACCUGACUUGCUAAUUCCGUCGCUGCGACGGUUGGGCAGUUUGUGGGACAGACGCAGCACAGAACAAAGCAAAUUUCUCGAUCAUAUUGCAUUGGAAGGAAACUCUCUUUCUGGGAGAUGCCCGAACCAACCUACCACGUCUGCCCCGACUUCCGCAUCCCACCUCCGCCAGACGGGCACCUGAUGCUCGGCACAAUCUUGAAAUCACUCGAUGAAAAUGGAGUGCACGACCCGCUCAACAAAGGCCGGGAAAUAGCGGUCCAUCCCGAGGAGCUUCGUCCCAAGGCCGCGCCGUUCGCCCAGCGGGGCUUCACUCGCAGCCUGACCGAGCUCCAGUCGACGGAGGGGGGCAUUUGGGCCAAGAUUUUUGGCCUAGGCAGCUUGUCGGCCAAUUUCAGCAGGACGCGAGGCAUGGGAAAGUUCCUCACUGUGAAAGAGCUUCUCAGCCGUGAAUUCUUGCCCGACGACGAAUACAUGCACCAAUCGCUUAGCAUCCCGAAGGUGAACGUGUACGUUACCACCAGGAAGCUGAAAGUGCCGGUAUACAUGAUCACGGGGAUCAUGGUCGCGACUGGCGCCAGCUGGUCAGACACCGCGACAAAGGCCGGGGGUGCGCGCGCUAAAGACGGCGUGGCUGUACUGGGGACGCAGAUGGAAUUCGGCGGAGCGAUGGGGCAUACAAAGGGAAAAGCAAGUGUAACCGGGGUGGAAGACUCGGACGACUUCGUGCUGGGAAUUCGCGUGCGCAAGAUCUGGUGGGACGAAGGCAUUCGUCAGGUGUCUGACCAGGUCGUGGGGCGUGCUUUGGACUCGCAAAAGAGAGAAGUUCGCAUCAGCGAGCGUGAUGCCGGUAUGCGGGUGGUUGAUGACUUUGGGCUGGGUGAUAACGAGCAGGAUGCCGAUGCGAGUGACGAGAGAUUCGUCGAUGACGGUACCCUAACGGGCAUGGAGCCGACCGUGUGGAUUUUGCCCCAGGCUUAAAAAUUGGGGACUGGGAUUGCGGGAUCAAAACGGGUGGGCGGGUGCAAGCAGACUCGAUCGGUGGCAGGCAGGGCAGGCGAAAGGUUGAAUCGUGGGAGAGACCAUGGUUCGGACCGAGCCUAAUUCAACGACGGAGACCAUUUCGAGAAACCUUUUUAGGACCCCAUAAGUGGUGGAAGCCGAAAAGAAGGAUUAAGGCAAUUGUUGCAUCACACCGUCCUCCAUUCCUGGAAGCGAGGUUGCCGACUUCAUUGCCGCUCCGACGGAGGCCAGGUGAUGCUGACGCAUACAUCGUGAAGUUCCCUUCGAGUAAUGAAAUGUUUCCAA